UGGUGUCAUCAAAAAACUUUGAGAGAUAUCGGAGGGUUCAAGAUUUUGAGCAGUGAUUUUUUUUCCCCUUAUAUAACUGGUACCGAUAAACGGUACCAUUCCCAAUGAUAAAAACCAUUGAUUUUUCCCAAUUUUGAGACUAGAAAUUCCCAAUUUACUUGCUGAAAAAUAGACCACUGACAUCGUAAUUUACUUAGUCUGAAACGUUGAACAAGUUAACUAAAAUGUUCACUUCCAGUAUUAAAUCGAAAGUACAGAUCAUGGCAGUGUGCGUGUUUUGUAGAGCUACGCCGAUUCUAAAAUGAGGGUACGACGAUUCCUUAUGGAUCACAACAGCAAAUAUUACUGUAAAAAAGUUUUUAAAGGGAUGACUACUUCUUGUUUUGUUCUCUUUUUUCUUUUCUUUUAGUUGAAAUCAUUUGCCGAUACAUUGGUAGAAAAUUCCCAAUUUGUUCGAUUUUGACGCUAUUUUUCCCAAUUGAAUGGGUACCGGUACGAGUGGGUAGAAAAAAAUCGCUGUUGAGAGGCACAGUGCUUGAGAUGUCCCAUGAGGAGGACAACUUAGACUUGUGUGAUACGCCCACUGGGUCUGAUCACAUGUCCACUAGUUCCAACCACGCGCUUACUCGGUCUAAAACAUUCCACGGUUCAUUAGACACCGACUCCAGUGAUGUGAAACAUUCCAAGCCCCUUGUGUCUUGUAGCUCAGUCAUUGACAUGGAGGAGCUGGUAGAUUAUGAUGAAAUCAUAGAUGAGUUAUCCUCACCUGUCCUGCACAGAAAACAAAUUAUAACAAACACUGAUCAUGAUCGGAAUUAUAAUUCAGAUUCUGACUCAAAAGGUUAUGAUAAUGUGAUUGAAAUUUCCCCUGAGAAAAACUGUAAUAAGUGUGAGACAUUGCUUCAGCCUGGAAAAUCCUUCCUGGUCAAAGACACGAAAGAGGAUGUGCAGACCCAAGAAACGGGAACGUCUAGAAAGAGACACUCAGACUAUUCGGACUCCUCUGAUGACAGUGCAUUUGACAAAUGUAACUUAUCUAAAAUCUUUAAGCUUUCACCAAAAGUGUCUAAAGGGAAAGGGAGUGAGGUAGAUGUAAAGAGGGGGAGGAGCAGCGAGGAGAAGUAUGGACACGACAACAGUGGUGGUGAGGUAUGCAAACAAGAGAGUUCUCUACCAAAGGAAGAUCAAUCCAAGAAAACCACAAUCCCAAGAGAAGAUUUAACAUUGGUGAAAGAGAUGUUUCCAGAUAUUGAUGAAGACAGGAUACACAAAAUUUUCUCUGACUUACAAAAAAUAAAUGAAGAUGGUAUCCUUGAGAGAGUGAUUGAAUCCAUUCUUACAACACAGAAUUCCUCGCCCUCCCUGAAAAACAACCCAUCAUCACAAGACAUACAAGCUGCCUUGGGAAAUCCUCGACCAAAUCUGCAGAGACAAGAGUCCGAGUCAUCAACAGCCUCGGGACAUUCUGAAGAUUUGCGCCCGAAAUGUGUACGAGGGAUAAAGUGGAGAAAAGGAUCAUCAGCCUCAAGCAACAAAGGAAAAGCACUGGCCAAAAAAUCUCAGCAGGUCUUGUAUCCGGAUUCCGAUGUUAAUAUGAUGGAUUUAGGGACCUGUGAAUUUGACGACAUUAAUGUGUCACACAGUCAGGAUGAUGGCAUUGUUCCGGUGAUAGACAAACAUCCUGUCAGCUUCUCAGAAGUGUCCUCUUCUCAGCUGAAGUGUGAUGCUUGUGGAUCAAGUCACGACACUGUCACAAUCAGUCAGUGUUGUGACACCCAUCUCGUGUGUAAAACAUGCGUUGAAAGACAGGUCAAAAGAGUUAUCUCCCUUGACAAUCAAGAGACCCAGAUUUCCUGUCCAGCAAAUGGUUGUAAAACAUACAUACCAGAGAGUCAGGCUUCCAAAGUCCUGCCUUCUUUGAUUAUGGAACUUCUAGAAGAAAAACUUAACAAAAAGGCUAUGGAGUCAAUUACAAAAAUGGAAGAUCUUCACAGCUGUCCAUUUUGUGAAUUUCCUGUUGCAGUUGACCAUGGAUUAAAGAAAUUUUUAUGCCCUAACCCAGAUUGUAAGACAUUGAGCUGUAGAUACUGUAAGAAGAUAUGGAGGGAGAUAGACCACACCUCCUGUACUGCUUUCAUGACCCUGUCAGAGGAGAGUAAGGAACACCUGGAACUGCCCAGAUACUGGCACCCAAUACCCGAGGAACAGAAGGACUUUAUUUUGGUGGAGUUAGACAGGGAUGGCAGAGAGUUUACUUUGAUUAAAGAUCAAUUCCUUGCUUCCAUGGGUCAUAGAGUUCCAAUAUCCAUACGCAGAGUUCAGAACCCACGGUUGUGGCAAAAAUUCAGCCUAGCAAGAAAACACAUGUCAGAUGACUUUGGUCUAAACUUGAUAAAUGAACAGCAAUUAUUUCAUGGCACAAAGGUUGAAGCUAUAGAAGCCAUUUGUAGAGAUGGCCUGGACUGGAGAAUGUGUGGUGAAAAUGGGGUUGCAUUUGGACAAGGAACAUAUUUUGCUAAAAAUGCAAUUUAUUCCGACAAAUAUUCCAUUCCAUUCAGUGGUCAACUGGGGAAUCCACAUCAACCAUCGGGUUUCGUCUUCGGAACUACAGGAAAUGCCAAAUUCGUGAAUCCUAAUUUAACUCAUUAUUCAUUGUUUGGACCCACACUGCAGGGAGCAGGAAGCCCACUGCCCAUACAAAGCAAUUCUCCUAGCCCAACUGGGUCUCAAAAUCAUUUCAAUGCACUCAGUGGAAUAGGGACUCAGACCAGCUUUGGAACAGUCACAUUUGGAACUCCGUUUGGCACAAGAGGGUUUUCACAAACUGUCUGCGAUUCUAAUGCAUCUAACAGAAAAAUUUCUAAACUGACCUCAGACAUCAAACAGAUACUACAAGUGAAACACAGUUACAUGUUCGUGGCCAGAGUGUUAGUUGGACGACCUGGGCAGGGGAGGCCAGGCAUGAGAAAGCCUCCCGAGGACCCAGCCGACCCCAAAGGGAGACCAUUCAAUUCCUGUGUUAAUUACCCAGACAAACCCACUAUUUUUGUGAUAUUUGACAGUACACAGUGCUACCCAGAAUAUCUCAUCGAAUAUGUCCGUCUUCAGUAGGCUGUGUUACUACCCUUUAGUGCCAAUCUUCUGCAUUAUAUUUUACAGUUCACAUUAAAUAGAACAUUAGAUCAAAUUGUUUAUUUUGCCAUGUUCUUGUUAUGUUUAGAUAUGUUACAAUAUUACUCUGUUCAUGAAACAAUGAAAUUGAAAUAAACAUUUCAAAUGUC